AUGGGCUGGUUUGACGACGGUCGAGACGCUCACCAGGAGGUUUACGGUAGCGGUGGCUACGAUAACCAAGCCAAAUUCUCUCAUGAACUCCUCGCAGGUGGUGCUGCCUUUGAGGGGAUGAAGUUGUUUGAGGACCAUCAGCGCAAAGAGGGCAAACCUGUCUCCCAUGCCUUUGCCAAAGAACUCCUCGCUGGAUUUGUUGGAGGAGAAAUCGAUAAGCUCGCCGAGACCAAGGGAAUGGACGAGUACGACGCCUACGAGGCCAAGAAGAAAGCCAGAGAACACGCCGAAAGAAUGUAUGACCAGCACUACGACGGCAUGGACCAGUACAACCCCGACCAGCGUGAUGCCCCCAACUUCAACUACUAG